GUUACAGGCUAGCGCUUGAGCGGCAGCAUGCCGCGCGCCGGCGCACUCUUGCUGGCGUUAGCGGCGCUCCUGCUCGUCGCUGAGUGGACGCACGCCUCAUACAUCGAUCCUGGAGACGAGGACGUGGAGAUCAGCGUUCCCGACUACGGCGAGGACCCGGCAGACUUGCAGCUGUUGCAGGAUGUUGGGAAACGUUCGUCGCUGAUCUACGUUUUCAGGAGAGCCUGCAUCCGGCGCGGCGGGAACUGCGACCACCGGCCCGGAGACUGCUGCCACUCCUCCUCCUGCCGCUGCAACCUCUGGGGCUCCAACUGCCGCUGCCAGCGCAUGGGCCUCUUCCAGAAAUGGGGGUGAGGGCUCCAUCCAACCACGGCUCCCUUGAAGCGGCGGCCAGCUCCUGCCAGCCGACUUGCCCGCCGCUCCAUCGGACGCGACAACUCUUGCGUUAACACACGGACAUAUUGCGUUCUCGGCUUUCUCGUUUCACGUUCUAUCAUUUCAAACUAGAAUUCGAAUCGAAAACAGGGACCUACAGUUUAGUUUGGAAAUAUUUUUGGACCUUGUAUACAAAAUUUAGCUUUUUGGACUUCCGUUAGUUCUGUUCUGUUUGUAGUCUUUAUGGUUUGUCUGAUUGAGUCGGGUGUCCGCUUACGUGGUUGGGCAAUCACCCAGCCUUAUUGCCCAAUCAGUACGCUCGACGCUAGCUCGGCCAAUCAGAUGUUAGCAGCGCGCCCGGCCGCCGCGCAGCUGGCCGUUAUAUUUCAGUUCAUUUUCGUUUUGCCAGCAGUGCGGACGCGCCGCGCGCGCUUCAACAUUCUUCUUACAAUGUAUGUAUGUAGAGUUAACUAAGCUAAACGUAGAAAUCUAAAGCAGUAGCUACUAAAAUUGGUGGUAAACUUAUGUCAAUAGGAAGUAGCGAAUACAAAAUAGAAAAAAAAUGUAACAUUAAUGUUUUAGAAUUUUAAGAGACUAUCGAUAAAACUUGGUGAAAGACGCUAUAUUAAGCCUUUAUAUGAAACAGCGCCACUUGUAUUAGCGAUUGGCAACUUAGACUUUUAACAAUAUGAAUGUGUCAUAAUAUAAUUAUUCAUAUUAAAAAUACGAAUCUUGGUGUACUGUUUACUCUCGGACAGGGGGUACUCGGUAUUGCAGCCUAGUAGACAAUUCUGUACGUAGCUUCUUAUAUGGUACGUUCCUGAUUAUGGAAUAUGAUAAUUGUAUUAUUACUACCAUUGGAAUAUGGAAAAUGAUAAAUUAUAUUAAUAAAUGUUUAUGGACGA